UUAAAUCUGCUACUUCAAUCUGAAGGAGUCUGUUUACCUCGGAUAACACGUCUUUAAAAUCACAUUCGACUGGCGAGUGUGGUAGCUGGGUAGGGUGGGUUAGCCAGCUAGCGUUCGAGAGGAGAGUCUUUCAUAGUGCAGAGGGAAAACAAUGUAGCAAGCCCUCCCUUUUGUCGGUACUGUACAGUGCUGCCGUGCACGCGUUGGAUCUGUAACAGUGUCUUUCAGUCACAAUGUUCAUGUAGUUAACUUAAUCCCACCCACCUAACUAGUCAUUUUCCCCUCUUAUUUUCAAGGAGCCGCGAUUACACUCAUAAAUGAGAUGUCUUGUAGGGAGAUCUUGGGCACGUGAAGUGGGGGAAAAACAACUGUGUAUCGACGCGAGGCCAACAAGAAAAGGAUAAGCUGCAGUAGCAACGUUAGCUACUGUCGUAAAUACACAGCUUUGCUCACCCAGCAAGACUGAUACUUUAUGAUAAACAAGCUGUUCUCUUCGUAGUAAACUACCCCUGCUGUGGUUUUCCUUUUUUGUGACAUCUAUCUGGCAGCACAGUUUUAAUUAGACGGCAUUAACUGUUUUGGAAGUAAAAAGGGAUUAAGAAUAUCUUGGAGCAACAACAUUAAGAUAAUUCAUCAAUAUUGGAAUCGGCAUCAACACCGAAGGCAUCACUGCAAGGUCAGUUUGAAAAAUAAUGAUUCCACGUGCGUGAGGUACCCAACUGUCAAACUGGUUGGAGCCGAUGUAAACUGAAGCUUCUGUCCCAGCAGCAGUUAUUGGUGCAAUGGGGCUGGAUUUUGAUGUCAAGACCUUUUGCCACAACCUUCGGGCUACCAAGCCCCCAUAUGAGUGCCCUGUGGAAAGCUGCCGCAAGGUUUACAAGAGCUACAGUGGGAUUGAAUACCACCUCUACCACUAUGACCACGACAAUCCACCGCCAGCUCAGGGCACACCCCAGCGCAAGAGGAAGGGUCGUCCACCUCGAGUACAAGGAGGAGGGACAGAUGAUGGGGAAGGAGGUGGAGGCGGGGGUGGGGGGAAAGGAGGUGGACUUGGAGGCGGAGCCCAGGGCAUGACUCCUGGAAGCCCAGAGCGCUCGGAGCGGUCCCACUCCCCCAGUCGAGAGGCCAUGACCUACGCUCAGGCCCAGCGUAUGGUGGAGCUGGAGAUCCAGGGCAGAAUCCACCGCAUCAGCAUCUUUGAGAACUUGGAUGUGGUGUCAGAGGAUGAGAGUGCUGGCGAGGACCCUCCCUCGGGUGCUGGGGGUGGGUCAGGAGGCUGUAAUGGAGGGGAAAACGGGGGAGGGAGUGAGGCAGGGGGCAAUGGCAACAAAGACAGGCCAGACACCCCUGCCACUAACGGAGGCAAAGGCACCACCACACCAAAGUCUGGCAAGCAUAAGAGCAAAGAGAAGAAGAAGGACAGCGGCUCCACUCACCAUCACACCCACAGCAACCCUGCUGGACCUGCCAUCAAGCUCCCCGAGGUGGUAUACCGCGAGCUUGACCAGGAGAGGCCAGAUGCCCCCCCACGGCCUUCCUCUUACUACAGGUAUAUUGACAAAUCGGUUGAGGAGCUGGAUGAGGAGGUAGAGUAUGACAUCGAUGAGGAAGAUUACAUCUGGCUGGACAUCAUGAAUGACAAGCGGCGCAGCGACGGGGUGGCGCCCAUUCCCCAGGAGAUCUUCGAAUACCUGAUGGAUCGACUGGAAAAGGAGUCCUACUUUGAGAGCCACAACAAGGCAGACCCCAGCACCCUGAUCGACGAGGACGCCGUGUGCUGCAUCUGCAACGACGGCGAGUGCCAGAACAGCAACGUCAUCCUCUUCUGCGACAUGUGCAACCUGGCGGUGCACCAGGAGUGCUACGGCGUGCCCUACAUCCCCGAGGGCCAGUGGCUGUGCCGGCGCUGCCUCCAGUCCCCCUCCCGCGCCGUCGACUGCGCGCUCUGCCCCAACAAGGGCGGGGCCUUCAAGCAGACAGACGACGCCCGCUGGGCCCAUGUGGUGUGCGCGCUGUGGAUCCCAGAGGUCUGUUUUGCCAACACAGUGUUCCUGGAGCCCAUCGACAGCAUCGAGCACAUCCCCCCGGCACGCUGGAAGCUCACCUGCUACAUCUGCAAGCAGCGCGGCUCCGGUGCCUGCAUCCAGUGCCAUAAGGCCAACUGCUACACAGCCUUCCACGUCACUUGCGCUCAGCAGGCAGGGCUCUACAUGAAGAUGGAGCCGGUGAGGGAGACCGGUGCCAACGGGACCUCGUUCAGCGUGCGCAAAACGGCCUACUGUGACAUCCACACUCCGCCCGGGUCCAUGCGGCCCAUGGGAGGCGUGGGCGGGGCGAGUCUGAACUCCUCCCAGAGCGAGGGUGAGCCGGAGGAGGAGGAUGAGCCAGGCCCCCACGACGAGGACUCCAAAGGCUGGAGCUCUGAGCGGGUGAAGCGAGCGAAGGCCAAGUCCCGCCUCAAAAUGAAGAGAGCCCGUAAAAUCUUGGCGGAGAAGCGAGCGGCCGCUCCUGUUGUGUCAGUGCCCUGCAUACCCCCACACAGGCUCAGCAAAAUCACCAGUCGCCUGACGGUCCCCAGGAAGAGCCAGUUCAUGCAGCGACUGCACAGCUACUGGACCCUGAAGCGGCAGAGCCGGAAUGGAGUCCCCUUACUGCGCCGCCUGCAGACCCACCUGCAGUCGCAGCGCAAUGCAGAGCAGGUUCCCAUCAGGGACAGUGAGGAGAAGCACGCAGCCCUGAAGGAGCAGCUGAAAGCCUGGCAGAGACUGAGGCAUGACCUGGAGAGGGCCAGACUGCUGGUGGAGCUCAUUCGCAAGAGGGAGAAGCUCAAGAGGGAGACGAUCAAGGUGCAGCAGCAGGCUCUGGAGAUGCAGCUGACGCCGUUCCUCAUCCUGCUGCGCAGCACGCUGGAGCAGCUGCAGGACCGAGACACCAGCCACUUCUUCGCCGAGCCCGUCCCGCUGGCCGAGGUCCCUGAUUACUUGGACCACAUCGAGCGUCCUAUGGACUUCCAGACCAUGUGGAACUGCCUGGAGUCCCACCGCUACCUCACCUUUGAGGCAUUUGAGGCCGACUUCGGCCUCAUAGUCAACAACUGCCUCAAGUACAAUGCCAAGGACACAGUGUUCUACCGGGCCGCGUUGCGCCUUCGGGAGACAGGUGGUGCUGUGCUCAGGCAGGCCCGCCGCCAGGCUGAGCGGAUUGGCUUCGACUAUGACACCGGCAUGCACCUGCCCCGGGAGCCCAGCUCAGAGGUGCAGCGCGAGCGUGACCGGGACAGGGACAGGGACAGGGACAGGGAGCGAGAGAGGGACCGGGAGAGAGAGAGGCCUCCUGCCUCCACCGAGGAUGAGAAUCGCCGGCGCCUCCCCCUGGAGGAGCAGCUGCGCGUCCUGCAGGCCCGUUUGGAUGAUGUCAGCGCCGGGAAGCACAGCAUCGGCCAGUCGCGGCGGGCCAAGGCCCUGCGCAAGGAGAUGACCGUCAUCAAACGCAAGCUGGCGCAUCAGCGAGAAGGCGGGAGCGGCCCCGGGACCCGGGACUCAGGAGGCAGCGGCGAUCGGGGCGCCUCUGUCCCCCACCACCACCCCUCCUGCACCCCCCGCCAUGACGAGGGAGGAGAGAGCAGCAGUCAUGAGAUCAGCAGCAAGGACCUGAGUGCCUCCUCCUCUGCCCUGGCCCCAGAGGUAGGACGCCGCACCUCUGUACUCUUCUCCAAGAAGAACCCCAAAGCAGUAGGACCUCCCAAGAGGCCCGGCCGGCCCCCUAAGAACAGGGACGCAUCCCAAGGCGUGCCUGGGGUGAGCCCGAGCCCCGUAGGGCCCCCCCAGCUGCCCCUCCUGUCCUCCCAGCGGCAGAGGAAGAGACCCCGCAGCCCCCACACCAGCUCCAGCUCCGAGAGUGACAGCGACAAUGACGACAUCCUUCCAGGCCUACCCAGCAACGGUUUCGAUGGUGGCAACCAGCCGGUGACAGAGAGCUUCCGCGUGUACAGGAACGAGCGUAGUCUGCCCCGCUCCAGCUCCGACUCAGAGUCCUCCACCACCAGCAGCAGCAGCGCUGCCUCCGACCGUACCAGCACCACUCCGUCGAAGCAGGGCCGUGGGAAGCCAUCGUUCUCCCGCUCAGCUUUCCCUGAGGAUAGCAGCGAGGAGACAUCAGGAACCGAGAACGAGUCCUACUCUGUGGGCGGGGGGCGCGGUGUGUCACACAUGGUGCGAGGUCGUGGCAGAUCCGGGUGCUGGAUGACUUCAGACGACUACACAUCACUGGACGCCCUGGAUCUGGUGUGGGCCAAGUGUCGAGGCUACCCAUCAUACCCUGCACUGAUCAUCGACCCUAAGAUGCCGCGUGAGGGGGUGUUUCACCGGGGGGUGCCCAUACCCGUACCCCCAGUUGAUGUACUGAAGCUAGGGGAGCAGAUGACCCAGGAGGCCAGGGAACACCUCUUCUUGGUGCUGUUUUUUGACAACAAGAGGACCUGGCAGUGGCUGCCCCGCUCCAAGCUGGUCCCACUGGGAGUGGAGCCAGAGCUGGACAAAGAAAAGAUGCUGGAGGGCAGGAAGUCGAACAUCCGCAAGUCUGUGCAAGUGGCCUACCAUCGGGCCAUGCAGCACCGCAGCAAGGUGCAGGGAGAGCAGAGCAGCGACACCAGCGACACUGACUGAUAACACACGCAUGCUGUCACACAAGGCACACACACACACACACACACACACACAUAUCUCCAUACCUUCACGUGUAGCUGAGCUGUCCCUAUGUUUUCAUCAUGGAAGGGAUAGACAAAGGUUUUUAGCCAGUUGUAUACUAACCCUCAGUUUUUUUAAUGCCCUUGGCUUCAGUGUAAUGUGUAGUGCAACGCCAUUGACCUGAGAGUAGAAACCUGUGCAGGACCUGAAGUGGGUGAAUGCAGAUGGCUGUGAGCAUCAUCAAAGGAUCUACUUGCAUUUUAAGCUGCUUACCCACUUCUGGAUUGUUUUAAACUGUAUGGUCACUGGUCCACAGGUCGGCUGGCCAUGAUAGCUCUCACAAAGGACCAGUGUAAGCUAUUUACAAGGGCGUUCUUCCUUUCCAGAAUGGAGCGGUUUCUCAGAAUUAACCCUGCUGUGUAGCACAGCACACAGUACAGUAUGUGUGUAAAAGAGAAUAAGUGAAUGAGUGUGUAUGCCUCACAGAAUCGCAAAAAGAGAGAAAUACUUUAUGCUUGUUUACAUACAAAGUUGGUAUUUGAUCUAUGUAAAAUAUGUAUUUAAGGUUAGGAGGCAUGAAGAAGUAAUCAUAAUACCAGACAAAAAAGAAUUAUGAUUUUGAGAUUUCCUUGCAAUCCAGGUUCGUAUGAGUGUGUGUGUGUCCCUUUAGCUGAAAUAUUGGAAACAGUGCCUGGCAAGCCAAACACAGAAGUCCAGAUGUGUACCGCUGGAGGGAUACACACACUCAGUCACAUACACUAAUAUGCACAUAAACACAAACACGCACACACACACACACA